GGCCGUUGCCUUUCUUGAUCGUAUUUCCGUAUCCUCUUCUAUAUAUAUAUACAUAUUAUAUUUUUUAAUAUGGAAUAUUGUAUGCCAUGCCGAAUAUGAAUGACAAUUCAGAGGAGAAGCCCUUCUUCAAUGAUUGGUUGUAUGCGGAAUCACGCUCCCAAAAUAGGAUAUCCAGGCAGGCCCUACAGUUUUACCAGACGAACUACGGGUUUAAACAACCAUUGAAUGUAAUGUGUUCUUCAAGGUUUCUACAAAAAUGGCGGUCUGCUGGAGAGAUUGAACAGCGUCUUUCAAGUGUUCUUGCAGAGAAAGCCGUCAUCUGGGCUUCGAAUUGCAUCGUCCAGGAGUUGGGCGGAGGAGGGUAUGAUGGCCUGAAAGUCUACAGCUGUGAUCACCAAUCAUCGAUGUCUGGGAAAUCUUGUAUAUCUCAAAUUGCAAAGCAGCAGAGCAGCAAACUUGUAUUUGCCACCGAUAAUCUGUACUUUAGCAAGAAACUGCUCAAGCUUGCCGGUGUUCCCGUUCUUCUGUUGAAGAAUACCGUUCUGAUGUUGAUGAAACCAUCCCGGGCACAGCGCCAGUUCGCGAAGGCUGAGGCUGAGGCACAGAAGGCUGAGGCUGAGGAGUUUGCCAAGCAAAGGAAAAGGAAGGCUGGGAAGGCUGAGGCUGAGGAGUUCGGGAAGCAAAGGAAAAGGAAGGCUGGGAAGGCUGAGGCUGAGGAGUUCGCUAAGCAAAGGAAAAGGAAAUCCCAUUAGUUAAAUGGAUUUUGCGAAUUACAGACUCUUGUACAUAAGAAGUCGUUACCUCCUUUGAAAACUUGUUUGUCUUGUUGAAGUUCUUCAUUUCUCUACACAGUACAUAAUAAAAGAAACCUUUUUUGGAGCUUUCAUGUAGAUACAGGAAGAGAGAGAGAGAGAAAAUGAUAGAAAGAGAUGUGUGUACGUGCGUGAUUCUGUAUAGUCACUGUUAACUCUCACGUGGGUGUGGAUAGAAUGAUGGAUAGAUGAUAUCUUUGACAAUCUUUCUUGUAAUUGCCAUUAGUUUUCAAUUCAUUCCUACCAAACCACUCAAGUGCAUCAACUUUAAUUCCCUCUGAACAAUACACUCUCACCAAGCUCUCUUCCUCUUCAAUGGUUGCGGAGGAUUAAGCACCCGAGAAGGCCGAGAUAUCCAAACUAAUUAAACAAAAA